UCUCUCUCUCUCUCUCAUACACAUACACGCAUUGGAAUUUUGAAAAGUAAAACCGUUGAUCGCCGCCGGCGCCGCAAAAUAGCUAGCUAGGAAGCAUGCUGGUUCCCGAUUCCGACUUCCUCCACGCCGGAAAUGCCAAGACCUUCCGCCAAAUCAGCCGCGAUCGAUUGUUGUACGAAAUGCUCCGGACAUCCAAAUCAGGAGAUUCGAGAUCAUCAUGGAAGGUUCUCAUCAUGGAUAAAGUUACAGUAAAAGUGAUGUCAUGCUCGUGCAAAAUGUCUGAUAUCACAGAGCAAGGAAUUUCAUUGGUGGAAGACCUUUAUAGAAGAAGACAACCUUUGCCUUCAAUGGAUGCCAUAUAUUUUAUUCAACCUUCCAAGGAGAACAUCAUUAUGUUGUUGUCUGACAUGUCAGGAAGAGAACCUUUAUACAGGAAAGCAUAUGUAUACUUCAGUUCACCUGUACCAAAACACCUUCUGACUCACAUAAAGAACGAUUGUAGCGUAGUACCACGUAUUGCUGCAUUAAGAGAGAUGAAUUUGGAGUACUUCGGUAUAGACAAUCAGGGAUUCAUCACCGAUCAUGAAAAAGCACUUGAAGAACUCUUUAGUGACGAUGCUGAAAAUUCUCGCAGAUUUGAUGCAUACUUGAAUGAAAUGGCUACAAGAAUUGCUACUGUUUUUGCUUCAUUGAAGGAAUGUCCUUUUGUACACUAUAGAGCAGCCAAGGGACUUGAUGGCACCACGGUGACUACAUUCGGUGACUUGGUUCCAACAAAGCUUGCUGCAGCAGUUUGGAACAUCAUUACAACAUAUAAAACUUUGAUUCCUAACUUCCCGCAAAAAGAAACAUGUGAAUUACUAAUAGUAGACAGAUCAGUUGAUCAGGUGGCUCCAAUCAUUCAUGAAUGGACAUAUGAUGCAAUGUGUCAUGAUCUUUUAAAUCUGGAUGGAAACAGAUAUGUGCCUGAGGUUCCUAGCAAAUCAGGCGGUACGCCUGAAAAGAAGGAAGUCCUACUGGAAGAUCAUGAUCCUGUCUGGCUUGAGAUCCGGCAUACUCAUAUAGCAGAGGCAGGUGAACGAUUGCAUGAGAAGAUGGCAAAUUUUGUUUCGAAAAAUAAAGCAGCACAAAUGCAACAGAGAAAUGGUAGCGAGCUUUCCACAAGAGACCUUCAGAAAAUGGUUCAAGCUUUGCCACAAUAUAAUGAACAGAUGGAGAAACUCUCUGUCCAUGUUGAGAUUGCUGGAAAACUUAAUAAAAUUAUCAGAGAUAUGGGUCUACGAGAACUUGGACAACUUGAGCAGGACCUUGUAUUUGGUGAUGCAGGAACAAAGGAAGUUAUAAAUUUUCUGAGAAAGAACCAGGAAGAAAGAAACCAGAACAAAUUGCGGCUUAUGAUGAUUUAUGCUACUGUUUAUCCUGAAAAGUUUGAGGGGGACAAAGCAUUAAAACUCAUGCAGUUGGCAAGAUUAUCUGAUUCAGACAUGAAAGCUGUAAAAAAUAUGACACUGGUUGGUGGAUGUGAUUCAAGAAGUGUUUCAAAAGGGACCUUUUCACUGAUGUUUGAUUCAGAAAAGCAGAGGAAGUCCAUGGCAAGAACGGAUCGAUCAGGAGAGGAAGAGACAUGGGCACUAUUUCGGUUUUAUCCCAUGAUAGAGGAGUUGAUUGAAAAGCUAAGUAAAGGAGAGCUGCCAAAGGACGAGUACCAUUGCAUGAACAAUCCUACUGACCCUUUUAAUAAUGGAUCACGAAAGAUUAAUGGAGGCGCACAGGUUGCAUCAACUAGAGCUGGUCAAGCAACGAUUGCACAUUCUAUGAGAUCAAGACGUACUGCAACAUGGGCCAGAUCACACUUCUCUGAUGAUGGAAGUUCAAAUGAUUCGGUCUUAAACACUGCACCCGGUGAUUCCAAGAAGAUGGGGCAGCGCAUUUUUGUUUUCAUAAUCGGUGGGGCAACUAGAUCCGAGCUCCGGGUUUGCCAUAAACUUACAGCAAAAUUAAGGAGGGAAGUAAUCCUUGGUGCAACUAGCUUAGAUGAUCCAUCUCAGUAUAUUGAGAAGCUUAAGCUCUUAUCAGAAAAGGAGGUUUCAAUUAGCAAUCUCAAGAUAUGAAGAUAUUUUGGUCUGCUUGUACAAAUAUAAUCUUUCCCAAUAUACCUGGUAGGAACUUGGACUUACUUUGCCCCAGAAAGGAAAGAAAGAUGAAUCGGAAACUGGACUGUCAAUUGGUGCAUGAGAUAUGUAUUAAUCCAAUAGCAUAGUAGUUGGUUUUCUACAUUAUGCAUUACAUUAUACAUAUAUAUGAUAUACUACAAUGAAAAACGUGAAGUAAAUUCUUUUAGUUACCGUCUAC